AUGCGGGAUGGUGAUGUCAACAAGCACUGCCCGACGUUGGGAUCGGUCAACCACCACAAUAUCAGGCUUAUUACAGACAAUAGUCCUGUCUGUGAUGAUAGAACGGUCCCAAUAGAGCAAUGCAUGACCAUUUUCGAGAACUGGCACCGGCUGGUAUCGGUGAUAGGAGAAAGAGAGUAUGCAGUUCGGCCGACGCGGAGAGAUGGCACGGCGGAAGAGCUACAGACUGGCCAGCCCUUAGAAGUAAUAGUUAAACAGUUCGACGACUUCGUGCGAUCUCUGCAAGUGGACCCCCACUCCCCCCUCUUCAGGCUUGUAACGGACGGACAACCCCCUCUGAGACAAUGCCUGCACCCCGAAGCGUGCAGCAAGGAGCUCACGCUGCCAGCGUACUACGCUCGCUUCCACGACCUGCGCAAAGAAUACGUGCGAGCGUACACGCUGCGAGCGGUCGCGCCGCGAGCGCAGGCGCCGCCGCCGCCACCGCCGCCCGACAACCCCGCCUGUCUGUUGGAUAUGCUCAAUUAUUUAGGUAUACCUCCAUAUUCUGGAGACAACUUUUACAUUGCAGAAGUCAAAGACAUGGUCAGUGUGAUACAAAGGAUAAUAUCCGAUGGUUUCCGGUUAGAGUUGCCAGAGACUGUUGACUUAGUUUUAGAAACUGGAAUUUGCUCAAAAGACGAUGAAAUAGACGGCAACUGCAUCGUUCGCGCCCGCGGCUUGCCCUGGCAGUCGUCCGACCAAGACAUCGCAAAGUUCUUCAGAGGACUCAAUGUUGCCAAGGGCGGAGUAGCGCUGUGUUUGUCGCCGCAGGGGCGCCGUAACGGCGAAGCGUUGGUGCGGUUCAUCUCGCAGGAGCACCGCGAUAUGGCGCUCAAGCGGCAUAAACACCACAUCGGCCCUCGGUACAUUGAGGUGUACCGUGCGAGCGGCGAAGACUUCUUGUCGGUAGCGGGCGGAGCGACGUGCGAGGCGGCGGCGUUCCUGUCGCGAGGCGCGCAGGUCAUCGUCCGCAUGCGCGGCUUGCCUUACGACGCGCAGCCUCAGCAAGUUUUGGAAUUCUUCUCAACGGGUGACGACCCAGUGCAAGUGCUAGAUGGCGCUGAAGGCGUACUUUUCGUUCGGCGAGCCGAUGGCCGAGCCACUGGCGACGCCUUUGUGCUAUUCGCGAAGGAAGAUGACGCGCCCAAAGCGCUUUCGAGGCACAGGAAAUUAAUAGGAGCACGAUAUAUCGAAUUAUUUCGAUCUACCACAGCGGAGGUGCAGCAG